AUGCUAACAUGCAGUCUCCAAUUGGCCCUAAUCUCAGAAUUCGCUGAUGAAUAUGUGGAUUAUAACGGAAUAAAGCAAAAAAUCCAAUUUGUGGCUUCCAACCCCACAAGUAAGAACGCAUAUUUGCAGCGGGCUCCAGAUGGUUCAUGGCCUAAGGGUUCACCAGACGAGAUGUUGGUUGCAAAUCUAGAAAAAGUAGUCAAUUUUUUCUCUACAAACAUUUCUCAGCUCAAUGCUUAUAUUUCUCGUCUCUCGAACGAGGAUGAUCUAGAAAUAACCAAUCAUCGAUCUGGUUCUAUAAACGAAACUCAAGAGCGAAAUAAACAAAUAAAGGAUUUGGAUUUACGAUUACAAAAACUUUCUUCUUUUGCUGAAUGGAACAAGUUGGCAUUUGAAAAAUUGUCGGCCAACAUGGACAAGCAUCUUGGUACCGACCGCGAAACCACUUUUUACGAACGUAAAGUUAUGAAGCUGGAUUUUGCCAAUUCGGCAAAAAUUUACGAAACCCUACUCUCUUUGAAGGCAUUGGACAGUUCUCAAAAAAAGACAGAUACCUUAAAAAAGCUAGAGCAUAUAUCCUCGAAACAUCCGAUAAAGAAAGACUUGCUUACAUACAUUCAACAGGAUGACGUUAGAGAGAUUGCUGAAACCUGUAUCAACGCUCCCGAAACCGUCUUGAUUGAUAUACUUGCUGCUACUAUUGUUGCUGCUGCUAAAGCUUGCAUGAGAGAAGUCGUUGGAAGAAUGGGACUUCGAUCGGAAUGUCUCGCUUCUGCUUUACGUCGUGCAGUGAAUAACCUAGAUGGUCCCGGUCAUGGCGUGUACUGCUUUUUAGAAGUUGUCAAGGACAUAUGCUCUGUCAUAUAUUUAGAAAAAGACCAUCUUAAUUCUCUUUUAACACGAAUCCUCUCUGUCGAGAGAAAUAGCAAGGGGCAAACAGUCAUGCACUCAGCUGCUGAAGCUGGCUUCUAUACGUUAUGUUACGAAUUUUGUAAAAUCAUAUCGUCCAUCCCUUCAGCGGAACCUCUAAAUUGGAUGCGUCCUUAUUGGUUUGACAUUAUGCAUGAUACCCCUUUAACCUUGGCUAUUAGAGGCAACCAUGUAAAAGUGUUGCAUGCCCUUUUAUCUUGUCAAGACAAAAGUACACCUUCAACCAAGCCCGGCCCAAUACCUCCAUUGGUAUUGGUAUGCUUGGUAGGAGACAACGCAGGAAUGAUCAAAGAACUCCUGGAUGCCGGUUUCGAUGCUAAUGAGCACGAUGCAAAAGGAAGUAGUGCUCUGCACGCUGCUGUUCGAAACCACCGCUCAAGUUGUGUAGAAAUGCUGAUAAAAUACGGCGCAGAUCAAAAUACACGCGAGGCCCCCUUUUCAUGGACGCCAUUGAUGCUUGCCAGUGCUCUCGGAUUUUCAGAAAUUAUUAAGGUCCUUAUUCAAUUUGGCUCAUCCGUUGAUGAGAUUGACGCUUCUGGUUGGACAGCAAUGGAACAUGCCGUUGUUCGUGGAAAAAUGGAGGUACUCGAUUUGUUGCAAACGUCUGUAACUUUGAGUGAUGGUCCUGUGAAUCUAGAUUCUUUAUCCGUAAAAUCAUCGGGAGCAGAGAUGAGAAGCCGAAAACGAGCUAUGGAGAUUCAACCCUCUUCGUCUAUUGUGAUUUUGAGAUUGAGUGGCUUAACCGGACGUAUACGUGUCACACUUGAAGGUGAAGAAGCUCAAUACCUCUCCGGUAAGGCAUCGUCUUCUGUCGGUUCCUCCAAAUCAUCGACAGCUGAUUUACCGUCUACUAGUCUUGCGACUAAUAUACAAGCAACUUCAUCAGAAUCAUCUAUGUUUCGUGAAAAGUCUACAAGCUCUAGUGUGGUUAUUGAUGUGCCUCGUUCGCAUUUUGACAAUGUUGGUGAGGUUGAUUUUGAAGAUGUGGUUGAACCGGAUGAAGCAAUUGACGACUCUGUCUAUAUGCAUUAUGAAGCUACCGAGGAGAUAAACGUCAAAUCCGCUGUUGCAUCUCCUCCUUAUGAGUUGGUUUUUGCCACGAAGAACAUUGAUAAAACCACUGUUUGUAUUGACGCUUUAGGCCACAGGUCCUUGAAGGUAAUUGGUAGAGCUUACGCUCAAUUGAGCGACUUUAUUCCAAAUUUAGGUAAAGGUAUGCAGUCAUUAAAACCGCUCCCUUCCCUUACUUUGUUAUCCAGUAAAGGACUAAAACCGAUUGCGAAAAUUCAUGUCGAUGCAUUGGUGUCUACCGCUCCGGAUAAAAAUAUUCUAAAGCUGGGUUCCGAACGCGUUCACGGUGCUAAUUCCUUAGAGUCGGUCUCAAAUUUUGAUAGAUCGACUUUAGAGGAUCACGAUGAAUCACCUGCUACAUCGAAAUCGCCUUCGGAAUCCGGGAAAUCAAACAGCGUAGAGGUUAUAGGGCACCGUGGAUUAGGAAAAAAUCAACCUGAUCGUUUGACUUUACAACUCGGUGAAAACACAGUCCAAUCUUUUAUAAAAGCUGCUGAUUUGGGUGCUUCCUACGUUGAGUUGGAUGUUCAACUAACGAAAGAUAAGGUUCCUGUUGUAUACCACGAUUUUGCCGUUAAUGAAACAGGAACUGAUGCUCAGGUUCAUUCUUUAACCUUGGAACAGUUUUUAUCAGUUUCGCAUAGCCCAUCUGACAAAAAAAUGGCGGAUGAUCUCCAUGAAUACAGUCUUAAGCGUCGUCCUCGUGCGUAUAGCUCUUCAGUAUCAAGAUCUUCAGAUACUCAUCUGGAUUUAUUGAAUUUACUGAAUUCUCAAGAAGAGCCUUCGAAUACGAAGCGUAAGGUUUAUAAAGGAAACGCAUUGGGACAUAGCAUUUGUGCUCCUUUUAAUACUUUACGUGACAUCUUGGAAAAGGUUCCUCAAUCGGUAGGAUUAAAUGUUGAGUUUAAAUAUCCAAUGCUGAGUGAGGCCGAGGAGGAGAAUCUUUUACCUGUCGCAUAUGACUACAAUGCGUUCGUGGAUACUAUUCUUUCCGUGAUACAAAAGUAUGGAGGUCAUAGACGAUACAUUUUCUCUAGUUUCAAUCCAGAUAUUUGUAUCUUGUUGUCACUAAAAUGCUCUGUACCUGUUCUGUUCUUAACAGAAGGUGGUACAGCUUUUCGAACUGAUGCCAGAGCAGCCUCCCUUAAGGAUUCUAUGAGAUUUGCUGCCCAAUGGAAUUUGCUUGGUAUUGUAAGUGCUUGUGAGCCUUUGAUCAAAACUCCACGGUUAAUUAAAGCUGUAAAGCAAUUGAAGUUGACUUGCUAUACGUAUGGUGUUUUAAACAACGACACAGACAAUGUAAGACGCCAGGUCCGAUUUGGUGUGGAUGCCGUUAUUGUCGAUAAUGUAUUAGCGGUUAGAAAGGCACUUAACCAAAAUGAAAACUGA